AUGGUUUUCCCAAAACCACCUUCUGAGUCUGAUCUCUUUCUUCACUCUAACUUUGCUUCUCGUUAUGCCAGGGACUCUCUUCCUAGGUUCAGCAUGCCAGAGAACUCUAUGCCUAAGGAGGCAGCGUACCAGAACAUACACGAUGAGCUUCAGCUUGAUGCGAAUCCAAAGCUGAACUUGGCUUCCUUUGUCACCACAUCCAUGGAGGAAGAAUGCAACAAGCUCAUCAUGGAAUCCAUCAACAAGAACUACGUUGACAUGGAUGAGUAUCCUGUCACCACUGAUCUUCACAACCGGUGCGUGAACAUGAUAGCACGUUUGUUCCAUGCUGAAAUUGGAGAAAACGAGAGUGCAAUUGGAGCAGGAACUGUUGGAUCAUCUGAGGCCAUAAUGCUGGCAGGCCUUGCAUUCAAGAAGAAGUGGCAGAACAAGCGCAUGGCUGAGGGCAAGCCCUAUGAUAAGCCCAACAUGGUCACUGGUGCUAAUGUCCAGGUAUGUUGGGAGAAAUUUGCGAGGUAUUUUGAGGUGGAAUUGAGGGAAGUGAAGGUUAGUGAAGGCUACUACGUGAUGGACCCUGCCAAAGCCGUGGAGCUAGUUGAUGAGAACACUAUUUGUGUGGCUGCAAUCUUGGGUUCAACUUAUAAUGGAGAAUUCGAAGAUGUCAAGCUCUUAAAUGACCUGCUCCUAGAAAAAAACAAGCAAACUGGGUGGGAUACGCCUAUUCAUGUUGAUGCUGCUAGUGGUGGCUUUAUUGCUCCUUUUCUUUAUCCAGAGCUAGAAUGGGAUUUCAGACUCCCAUUGGUGAAGAGCAUAAAUGUUAGUGGUCACAAGUAUGGGCUUGUUUAUGCUGGAAUUGGUUGGGUUAUAUGGAGGACCAAGGAGGAUUUGCCAGAAGACCUUGUCUUCCAUAUUAAUUACCUUGGAGCUGACCAACCCACCUUCACCCUGAAUUUCUCUAAAGGUUCUAGUCAGAUCAUUGCUCAAUAUUAUCAGCUAAUUCGCCUUGGCCAUGAGGGAUACCGGAGUAUAAUGGAGGACUGCAGAGAAAAUGCCAUGGUUCUGAAGGAAAGCUUGGAGAAAACAGGAUGCUUUAACAUUCUGUCAAAAGACAAUGGUGUUCCUGUGGUGGCAUUUUCUCUAAAGGACAGAAGCUAUUACAAUGAGUUCAAGAUAUCAGAGAUGUUGCGCCGCCAUGGUUGGAUUGUGCCAGCUUAUCCAAUGCCACCUGCUGCACAACACAUCAAUGUGCUCCGUGUGGUGAUCAGAGCUGAAUUUUCACGCACACUUGCUGAACGCCUUGUGUUUGACAUCAAAAAUGUGCUGCACGAGCUUGAAAAACUUCACCCCAAAAACACUGCCAAAGUGAACAACAACAACAUUAAGGAAGAGACUGCCAUGAUUGACAAUGGUGUCAAGAAGACUGCAUUGGAUGCACACAGGGAAAUCAUUGCUCAAGAAUCCAACAAGCGUCAGAAAAUCAUGGCUGCCUAG